GGCCUCUGUGACACCCAGGGGCCAGGCGGGGGGUGGGGCGCGGUGCACAGGCUGGGGACACACUGGAAUAUUCACGGGCCCUGUGGCAGCAGAAGACAGCCCGCCCAUAAGGGACCCCUCCGGAACGAAGCAGCCUUUCAGGCCCAGAGGGGCUGCAGCCUCCCCUCUUCUUCUUAAAUAGCCAGCCUUCCACUCGCAGCAGCACAGCCCACUGCCAGCACCACCAGCACCACCGGGCUCAGACUCCUGCCCUUCUGCUGGACCAGCUGCAAGAGGCCCGUCCACAGCUCUGCUCCAGCCACAGCAUGAAUGGGCUAGAGGUGGCCUCCCUGAGUCUGACCAACAUCUCCUCUCCGGCCACCGCGGAGCAAUGUGGGCAGGAGACGCCACUGGAGAACAUGCUGUUCGCCUGUUUCUACCUCCUGGACUUCAUCCUGGCUUUCGUGGGCAAUGCCCUGGCCUUGUGGCUUUUUAUCCGGGACCACAAGUCAGGCACCCCAGCCAACGUGUUCCUCAUGCACCUGGCAGUGGCCGACCUAUCCUGCGUGCUAGUCCUACCCACCCGCCUCGUCUACCACUUCUCCGGGAACCACUGGCCAUUUGGGGAGAUCCCAUGCAGACUCACUGGCUUCCUCUUCUACCUCAACAUGUAUGCCAGCAUCUACUUCCUCACCUGCAUCAGCGCUGACCGCUUCCUGGCCAUCGUGCACCCGGUCAAGUCCCUCAAGCUGCGCAGGCCCUUCUACGCCCACCUGGCCUGCGCAUUCCUGUGGGUGGUGGUGGCCGUGGCCAUGGCCCCGCUGCUGGUCAGCCCUCAGACGGUGCAGACCAACCACACGGUGGUGUGCCUGCAGCUGUACCGGGAGAAGGCCUCCCACAAUGCCCUCGCGUCCCUGGCUGUGGCCUUCACCUUUCCGUUUGUCACCACCAUCACUUGCUACCUGCUGAUCAUCCGCAGCCUGCGGCAGGGCCCCCGAGUGGAGAAGCGCCUCAAGGGCAAAGCCGUCCGCAUGAUCGCCAUCGUGCUGGCCAUCUUCCUGAUCUGCUUUGUGCCCUACCAUGUGCACCGCUCUGUCUACGUGCUGCACUACAGCAGCGGCCAGACCUCCUGCACCGCUCAGCGCAUCCUGGCCCUGGGCAACCGCAUCACCUCCUGCCUCACCAGCCUAAACGGGGCCCUGGACCCCGUCAUGUACUUCUUUGUGGCCGAGAAGUUCCGCCACACUCUGUGCAACUUGCUCUGUGGCAAAAGGCUCAUAGGCCCACCCGCCAGCUUUGAGGGGAAAACUGAGAGUUCCCUGAGUGCCAGAUCAGAGCUGUGAGUCGCAAGGCACUGCCCCUGGCUCACAACUUUAGGGGCGUGUGCCACCUGACGGGGCAAGGGAAUCCCACCGUCUCCCAUGCACCUCUGCGGAGGAACCUGAAAUCUCAGCGGGUUCCGGCCCCUCCCUCCAAGGUCGGAACCCCAAAGUCCCCCAGCCCCAAGCUCAGUCUUAACCACAAGCAAAGCCUUAGAAAGAGGAGACUGAAUAGCCACCCCUCUUCAGGGACCGCACUGGCCCUGCUAAACAAAGCACCCAGAUCUCGGGCACUUUGCCCUCAUAAGAGGGGCCAGGGUUCCUUUCUCGCCCACCAGGCUCGAAGCCUCCUUCCCACCACAGAAAAGCCCUGCAGAAAGACGCAGGGCUGCACGGGGCCCGGGAGAAGAGGCACCGUGGGUCCCAGUGGAGUGGCAGGGGAAAGGCAUCAAAUAUUUCCUUUAAAGUGUAAGGUUUCUUGAGGUCCCUUUGGGAUGCCUUUGCCAGAUGACCCUGCUGAGUUUAGGGGACGAAAACUAAACUACAGCCCAAUGCCGUAAAUGUAUUUCGGACGGCUUGCCGUGUGACACCACGCAAGCGCGGUCCAGCUCGGCACUGAGUUCCUGAUCCACCUGCUAUAAACCCACACAGACUUGGCUGUACCCUGACCGUCCUGAGCGCCUCGGCAGGAGAAAGUGGCCUCACCGAGCACACGGCACAGUGGACAGUCACCAGGAGCCAAGCUCAGGCAGGGGCAAGUGUGGGAACCUCUCUCCCACUAACCCAGGCCCGGCAGGGGCACCCUAAGCCCCACUCUCUCCCAAGAGGCUGGCCCUUCUUUGCGCUUUCGCUCGGUAGCGUGUGUGCAUCUCCCUAACAUCCUUUGUGUACUUGUCAGCGCUGAUCGCAAACAUAACCGCAGCUUUAAGAUGAAGAAGGCUGUUAUUUGCUCAGUGUGAUGCCCUCCCCAAAACUUUCUUCCUUUCAGCCUGAGAUUGGCAAACGGUCAGAGACAGAAGCAGCACCACAGCUCCCGUGCAGCGGUUCUGGCGGCCCUAAGGGGUCCUUGCCUCACACAGACUCCGAAGUCCCACAUGGUGGGGUUCUAUGGGCCAGCCAGGGCCAGGAGGGCCCCAAGAACGGCUCCGCACUCAGCACUGCAGGUGCUGCCCUGCCCAUCACUACAGCAGCUCUGCUCCCUCCCACGCUUUACUUUCCAAAGCACUUUAGCCUCCUCUGAUUUUCCCAACCAGCCGGGCAGUGGCCCUGAGCAAGCCCUAAUUCAGGAAAGCCACAGGACUCGUUCCAAGAACACACCCCAUCUGUGACCCUGCAGAUCGGCACUGGCCCAGUCCUCUGGCCCCUACAGUCCUGCACAGACAACCUGCUGGAUGUCAGACACCAUCCUGGCCCCGUAGACCCCAGGACUGACAUGUAGCCAUGUGCAGAAGACACGAUCACUGUGGACCACACCAGGAAGGUCCAAUGGAGGGAAGCAAGCGGCCAGAGAGGGCAGGUGUCAGGCAGACGGCGACGGUGUCUCUAGAAGGUGGUGCUGCCUGUUCUGACUCAGGGACACAGGUGGAGGAGCAGACCUGGAGAUCUGCAAAAGCUCCGUGUGGGACCUGUUGCAUCUGAACAUCUGCAGAUGGCACGUGGUGCACUGACCAAAGGCGUUGUCCAGAGGCCUGAGACCCAGUCGUCACCGGCAGACAAGAGGGGCUGAGCCCCCAACAACCCACCAGGGAGAAGAGCAGUGUGACCAAGUACACUGUGAGGCUGGAGGAAACCGCGAGGUCGUGGGGUUCACACGGAGAGGAGCUGCGUCCACCGGGAGGAGGUGUGGUACAGGGGAGGACUCGGCAGUGCCCCCAGGGCCAUGGAGCAGCGGGCCAUGGAGACACCAGAAGAUCUGGCGUGUGUGCAGGGAGGGCUGCUGGGCAGGCAGCUGACGAGCAGGACCCCACAGGGCCCCCGUCAUCCUGUGGCAGGGUGCCAGGCCGCAGGGGGCGAGGCAGGGGUGAGAACUUACCAACCAGGUUCGUGGCCCUGGACUCAGAGCCGAGUCAGCCAGCAUUCAGCCGUGUGGGUACAGGUGAGGAAAGGGGCCGACACCGUGGGUGGCCAGGGGGAGUCAGCUCAACUCGAGGCCCAGUCCAUCCACUGCCACGGCCCCGCUACUAUUCCUGCGCCUACACCCUCGCUGUCCAGGGCGGGCUUCACCUGUCAGGCUCACCCUCUCUGCCGCGGCCUGCGCUGUGGGCUGGGGUUACUGCUCUCUCGCAAGAAGGAAGAAGAGCAGCAGCUGGGGCUCACUCGCGGCUCGGGCCCUCCUGUCUGCCCAGGCCUCAGCCUCCUCACCUGCCC